AACACAAUCGAAUAUCGUUUUUCAUACAAAAACAGUCAUUGCUCGGUGCAGUAUUUUGAAUUUAAAAACGCGUGUUGAAUAAAUAAAUCACUGGCUUUUAACUACACGCAUAUUAGAAUACUUUGAAAAAUAUUGUAAAUCUGAAUCUCACACGACGAUGAUCAACGUUCGCAAUUUGAAAUUACGCGUUGAAGCGGACGACUAUCUUGGGUUCAAGAAGAAACUAAAACUGCAAGGAAAAGAACUGAACCCAAUGCCACCAGAGCUAUUCCACCUAACUGACCUCGAAGUUUUGGAGGCAAGUCCAGAGCGGGAAUCGUGCCUUGACUUCUCCCUACGAGACCUCCCAAGAGACAUCGGACGUUUGACGAACUUGAGGAUUCUCAUCCUUGAUACAGGAAGUUUGACAAUGCUUCCGGCUGAAAUCGGAUACUUAAUAUACCUGGAGAGAUUGUAUCUAUCGAACAACGAUUUGAGAAACCUGCCUCCAGAGUUUAGUAAGCUUGAGAAUAUAAGGAGUCUCCAUUUGGCCAACAAUGAGUUCAGAGAUUUCCCGCUUGAGAUCUGCUGUUUGGAGAACCUCGAGUUUUUGGACAUGACGGAUAAUAAGAUCAAGGCCAUUCCUCAGGAGAUCCAAUUGCUGACCAAGAUGACAUCAUUCUUGUUCUACUGCAACAAACUGAGAAAGGUUCCGAUGGGACUGUGCAAACUGAAGUUGCUCCGUACUCUGUGGCUGGGCAAGAACAAACUGCGUAAGCUGCCCCACUUCUUCGGCAGACUCAGCAACCUCGACUGGGGAGAGUUCUACAAGUCAGCCAAUAUUGACGAGAAUCCCCUGAUGCGGCCGCCAGUGGAAGUUGCGAGACAGGGACCGGCCGCGAUCAGAAGGUUCUUCGAUGACCGAGGAAAAGGCUGGGAUGGAGUGAACGAAAGUGAAGAUGAAGACGAGUGGGUGCCCCUGUCAGACUCAGAUGACGAUGAUAACGGAGGCGUAUCAAACUUCUUCUAAUGACUGAAAGUUCUCGAGAACAGUUAAAAUUGAAUCGAGUCGAAAGGAAGCAGCUAUCUCAAUCGAAAAAUUAUCGUAGCAAUUUGGGUCGAAACAGAAACAUUUAUGGAAUCGUUUGAAAGUGUUGUAUUGCUUGUCGAAGCAAAAGUUAAUUUGUAACUGGGUUAUCUGCUAUUAUGUUGUUCUAGUUGAUUUAGAAAAAGAAUUGUAGUGUAUAUUAAAAUAAAAUGUGAAAUCUUUGCAUGCAAUGAAAAUUCUUCCAAUUCAAAAUUGGUCUUUUUCUAAGGGACG